UUCCGGUAAAGGAGCCUAAGCCGCUUCCGGUCCCCGUGGCCGACGGUAACGCCACAUCCGGUCGCGGCGCUCGGGCGCUUCCGGUGGGACCCGGGCCCGGGAGCUUCGGGGGCCCCGAGGAGGCCCCGAGGAUGUCGGAAGGGCUCUUGGGCAAAGCGGCCACCAUGGAGAUUCCCAUCAGCAGCAACGGCGACGCCGGGAGCCUCCCGGAGGACGACGGCUUGGAGCAGGAUCUGCAGCAGGUGAUGGUGUCGGGGCCAAACCUCAACGAGACCAACAUCGUCUCCGGCGGCUACGGAGGCACCGCCGAAGGCAUCAUUCCCACAGGAUCCAUCAAAGGCUCCCUCCUCCCUCCUCCCGCACCCCGAGGUCCGUCGGUGAUUCCGAGCGCGGCGGCCGCCGGACGGAUGGCGCAGCCGGACGCCAUCCCAGGCUCCGGGCUGCUCCCGCCCCAUCCCGGCUCCGGCGCCGCCGGAGAGGAGAUCGUGCGCGGCAUCGCCGGAGAGAAGUUUGACAUCGUCAAGAAGUGGGGGAUCAACACCUACAAGUGCACGAAGCAGCUGCUGUCGGAGCGCUUUGGCCGCGGCUCGCGGACGGUGGACCUGGAGCUGGAGGCGCAGAUCGAGCUCCUGCGCGAGACCAAGCGCCGCUACGAGUGCGUUCUGCAGCUGUCGCGGGCGCUCGCGCACCACUUCUACAGCCUCGUGCAGACCCAGCGCGCCCUCGGCGACGCCUUCGCCGACCUCAGCCAGAAGGCACCCGAGCUCCAGGAGGAGUUCGGAUACAACGCGGAGACGCAGAAGCUGCUGUGCCGCAACGGAGAAACCCUUUUGGGCGCCGUCAACUUCUUCGUUUCGAGCAUCCAAACGUUGGUGCACAAAACCAUGGAGGACACUCUCAUCACCGUCAAACACUACGAGAGCGCCAGGUUGGAAUACGACGCGUACCGCACGGACCUGGAGGAGCUGAGCGCGGGCGCGCGCGACGCCGGAGCGCUGUGCCGGAUGGACGCCGCCCAGAGCCAAUUCCAGAGCCACCGCGACAAAUACGAGCGGCUCCGCGCCGACGUCGCCGUCAAACUCAAAUUCCUCGAGGAGAACAAGGUGAAGGUGAUGCACAAGCAGCUGCUGCUGUUCCACAACGCGGUGUCGUCGUACUUCGCGGGGAACCAACAGCAGUUGGAGCAAACGCUGAAGCAGUUCCACGUCCGCCUGAAGGCCCCCGGAGCCGAGAAGCCCUCGUGGCUCGAGGAGCAGUGACCGCUCCGCUCCGCACGGACAACCGCUCCGGAAUGUCCACGGCAUGGACGGAGAAAAACCCCCCCGGGAUGAGGGGCGGGAGCUGCCGCUACGGAGCCCUCCGCUCC